AAGAGAGUGGAAUUCCAACCCCUCGACUGGCACUGCCUGUGGGCCUGGCCUUGGGACCUGCCCGGGAGAAGUUAGCACCAGAGGAGCCUCCAGAGAAGAGGGCUGUGCUGAUGGGGCCCAUGGACCCACCUCAACCUGGCGCACCCCCAAGUUUUCUGCCCCAUGGCAAGGUUCCCCUAAGGGAAGAGCGGCUGGAUGGGCCUCUCAAUCUGGCAGGCAGUGGUAUCAGCAGUAUCAACAUGGCCCUAGAGAUCAACGGGGUGGUCUACACAGGCAUCCUCUUUGCCCGCCGCCAGCCUGUGCCAGCUUCCCAGGGCCCAAUUAACCCUGUACCCCCAACCCCUACAGGGCCCCCUUCCGGCAUCUCACCCUGAGAGCUCCCACUUUGAAUUGAGUCCUAGCCCAUUGCUGGGUGGGGGCGGGGGGAGACACUCCCUCCACCUUGAUUCUUCCAAGGGCCCACUCUCGGACCCAGACCUGGGAGGUAACCACUCCCCCCACAUGCCAUGUGGACUUGAAGCCAAAGAGUUUUCUUUUGAUGUUACAUCUACCUCAUUGUAAAGGGAGGGCACUUCCUUUCUGGCCAACUCCAGCAGCAUCUACCAAAGAGUCCUGCCCCUAGAAACCCCCAUCAUCUCCUCACUUUGUCAAUGUCAUGUCUAGGACCCUACCUCUUGGAGUCAGACCUGCUUCUUCUCUUCAGGAGCCAUAUGAAGGGUUGGAUUGGGAUGUUGUGGAGGAGAUGUCCCUCAGGUCACAUCUGGAUAAUAAAGCUGUAGUCCCUUCCUCCCCAGUGCCUCUUCUUGUUUGUAUCUGGGGGUUGGAAAAGGAAUUGUGUGGUUUACAGGCAGCGUUGGGCCAAGGGU